AUUUGGCGGAAAUGUGUCCCAAUCUGGCAACACUCGUCCUCCCCUCCCUUCGAUGUUCAACAGCGCGGACACUUUGUACUAAUGUCUGUUUUUCCAGUCCCAGAACAGAGGCUGAACAAGUGUCCUAGCUGAACGAGUGUGGCUGCACUGGACCCGUCGCGUCCAUCGACAACAUGCGGAGCUCCGGUGCCCUUCUACCCGAGUCCUGAAGGGAGAACCCAUGGAGACCGCGGGGGGCCCAAGGCCAAGGCGCACCAGGAGUGUGCGAGCAUGCUGCAGACAAACCGCAACACAAGAUAAAUCAACCAAAAGGGAAAUUACAAAUGUGCUGAAAUCGUUGAGCAUGGGGAACACGGAUGAAGACGACGACACGGAGAUAGAUGACACACACGUCUUCCAGAAGAACGGCGGCAGCAGCAUCGAGAGGCGGGUCAUGUCCCCCAGAUACAACAUCCUGCGGGAGGUGGGCCGAGGCAGCUACGGCGUGGUGUACGAAGCCGUGGCUAGGCGCUCAGGGGCCAAAGUGGCGGUGAAGAAACUCCGAUGCGACGCCCCGGAGAAUGUAGAGCUGGCCCUACAGGAGUUCUGGGCCCUGGCCAGUCUGGAGAAGCGCCACCAGAACGUGGUGCAGCUGGAGGAGUGCGUGCUCCAGAGGAACGGCCUGGCCCAGAAGAUGAGCCACGGGAACAAGCGCUCCCGGCAGUACCUGCGCCUGGUGGAGACCUCGUUAAAAGGCGAGCGGGUGUUGAGCCACCCUGAGGAGCCCUGCUACCUGUGGUUCGUCAUGGAGUUCUGCGAAGGCGGAGACCUCAACCAGUUCAUCCUCUCCCGGCGGCCGGACCCGGGCACCAACAGCAGCUUCAUGCUGCAGCUCACCAGCGCUGUGGCCUUCCUGCACGACAACAACAUCGUGCAUCGCGACCUCAAGCCCGACAACAUCCUCAUCUCGGAGAAGUCGGGUACGCCCGUCCUCAAGGUGGCGGACUUCGGCCUCAGCAAGGUUUGCGCCGGCCUGGGCGGCUCGGCGGUGUGCUCGGGCAAGGACGGAGAGGACAACCACAACAAGAACCGCACCUCCAACAUCAACAAGUACUGGCUGUCGUCGGCGUGCGGCUCUGACUUUUUCAUGGCGCCCGAGGUGUGGGAGGGCCACUACACGGCCAAGGCGGACAUCUUUGCCCUGGGCAUCAUUAUCUGGGCCAUGCUGGAGCGGAUCACCUUCAUCGACGCCGAGUCCAAGCGGGAGCUGCUGGGCACGUACGUGCGUCAGGGGGAGGACAUAGUGCCGGUGGGCGAGGCGCUGCUAGAGAACCCAAAGAUGGUGCUUCACAUUCCGCAGCGGCGGCGCUCCUCCAUGUCGGAAGGCGUGAAGCAGCUGCUGAUGGACAUGCUGGCGGUGAACCCUCAGGACCGGCCCGACGCCUUCCAGCUACAGGCCCGCGUGGACCAGGUGACCUGCUGACCCGCCCCAGGCUAGGUUUUUUGGAAUCCUUGGAAACACUUUGAGAUCUGGAUCGAAUUCCCCUUGACGAAGGGGUGGCGAGCUAGGGAAGAAGAUACAUCCUUAUCCAAAGGAGUGGACCGAGAUCACCUGUGCCCAGGAGGAGCAUAUCCUUCAUUUACCUGCAUCACUUGAGUAUCUCAGGUGAAAGCGCUCUGAAUCGCCACACAUGACCCCUGACUUUUGACUUCUGACUUGACAUUUCCCCUUUUGACUAACGCAUGCUGAACUGGCCGAACCGAAGAAUCGAAGGAACACUUGCAAGGAAUUUAUCUUGUUUAAACAUUUAAUUUUUUCUAAUGGACAUUUUGCAGCCAUUCUAUGGUGGUUAAAGAUAAUUGUUCCUGACCUAAUGUUAUGGUCUAAAUUGUGAAACAUUGGUGAAUGUUAUUGAUUGCACUGAAAUCCAUAUUGUUAUAAUUUUUCCGACCAAGAAUACAGUCAAUUUAAUAGUUACCUGUGGCUCCAGUUGAUCAUUGUGUUGUCAUUGAAUUCUUGCCGACCGAUUCAUCGACCUGCCGAUUUAAUCGGCCGAUUAUAGCCUUUUUGAAAAUAAUCGGCAUCGGCCAAAAAGACGCAGAGUACAACCGAUUAUUAUUAUUUUUUAUUUUUUUUAAUGUUAUUGCGCUUAGUAUCCUGCAGAUUGCGCUCCUACUCGCCUUGCUAACUAACAACUUUAGCUGGAGUAAAAAAGAGGAGAUUGAAUUUUACCGUACAACAUGAAAGCACGCUCAGUUAUUUAUUUUACAUUUUACAUUACACUCAUUUUUGACUGUAAAUGUAUUCUAAAACACUCAAAGGUUCUGCAUUCAAUUCACAUAUUCGUCAAAAGUGUUUAAAGUAUAUUUAAGGUAUCAAAAACUACGUUUUAUAUGCUUUUAAAAAAUAAUAAUAAUAAUAAUUUUAAUCGGCCGAUUAAAUCGUAAUCGUAAUUUUUCUCUGAAAAUAAUCGGCAUCGGCACUCAAAAAUCAAUAUCGGUCGGGCCCUACUCCUUACGAACCUAGACACUAGUCCAUAUCUAGAUAUUCUAAUGCCCCACUAGGGCUACACAAACUAUGAUGUGUGUUGUGUGUUGCAGAGAGAAGAACGCACCCUAACUCGGGGAUUGCUCAGAAACCUAGAGAGGCAGUCCGCGACUGAAGAGGAUUGUCCUCUUCUAGAGACAAGGGCUGUUUCCCAAAGUGAAGGCUGUAGCCUUGCUAGGACGCGUCCUUGCUAGUCGCGUCCUAUGGAGAUGAGACUAGAGUGCUAGCUCGAGUGCUUCCUAGCGUUUGUAACGUUCAGACUUUGUAACGACUUGGUAGUGUGGAAGCGCUUCCGCUUCCGCUUUUUAAUACUGCGUGUCCGCUUGUAAACACAUGUGCGCUUAUGAAUAAAACAUGGCAGCAAUCAAGCUUAUCGAUAUUUAUUUGACUUUUGUCUGUUAUGAAUGCGGUCAUGUCUCCUUCGCAUGGAGCCUCUUUGGGGAAGUCACAAAAGCUUUGUUGCGGUUGAUAGAAUCGUCUUUAUUAAAAGGAAUAUCCAUUCAAUUUUUAUAAAACUAAGUGAAAUUGUCUGAGAACUUAAUUCAUGCAUCACAUUUACAGUACGUUUGAUUACUAUUAUGCAGGGGGGGAAAGACAAAGAAAGAGAUGAUAAACAUGUAUUUAUUUGGAUAUAUUAUUUAACUGAUCUGAUUCAUUCAUUCAUAUAUGCCUACAAUCUACCAGUGGUUUGAACACAUAAUAUAUCAUAUAAAAUACAAUUAUAUACGUUCAUUAAAAAUUACAAACGAUCGGUUGUGCAUUCAUUUUACAACAUUGGAUAGUGGCACUAUCCCUUCCACCAGUAAACAAAUGUUUGCGUGCCACCCGGCGCACAAAAGCCUCCGUUUGCUGGACUGACCCUAAAAAAAACGAUUCAACACAAACAUAAAUAGGUAUACAUAAAUAAUGUAAUCUUGUGAGCGAGUAAAUUGACAUUGGUGACAGUGGUGUUUAACACCAGCUACGUCCAUGCAAAAUAUAGCAACGUAUCAUUAAGUUGCAAAAACGUUGCACAGGUCUUUAGGCUUGAUUAUUAACAUGAUGAAUCUAUAAAAAGCAAUACGGCACAAAAUAUUUCUGAAAACUAAUAUAACUUCACUUCAUUUGAACGUGUACUGCGCUGCCAUUUUCAAGAACCCGCCCAGUGAACGCAGAGGAUUGUGGGUAGUUUUGGCUCGUCUAGGAUGCAGCGAUGCAUCCUUGAAAAAUCUCGGAAUUCUCAAAAACAAAGGACGCAAAAAUGGCGCGGCUUUCGAGUGCCCUCAACAUUGGAACAGUGCUUGUCGGCGUUCUAUGACGUAGCGUCCUUAAAAGGGCGGCCGUUGAGCAUGCUUCCUUGACAUUGGGAAACAGCCAAGAGCUGCGGGGGAGAAGGAAGUUCGGGCGCAGGAACGUUUACCGGUGAUACAUCGAAUUCUGCGACCCACCGAAAAGUGUGACCCCAAGGGGCGCUGUUGCACAUUUUCUGCAACAUGCACGUUAGGGCUUUGACUCCGAACUUCGUGAUUCUAAUAUAAUUCGAAUCUCAAAAAAUAAAUCAAAAUUCGAACGAAUAUUAGGCAGCCAUUAAUAUUCGAACCUGUUAUGGGCAGGCCAAGAGGGAGAGACGUCGGAGAACCCGACGCAGUCUAUUCAUAAUAUUGUAAUGACCACGGAAUAGGCAGUGAAUGAAGUAUUGAUUAGACAGCGAUUUAUUAGAAACCUAAUACACCGUUGGAACACGCAACGCCGGUGAACAAACCUCGGAAAGCCCAAUCCAGGGCUGAAUCCGAAUACUCAUACUUAUAGUAUGCAUUUUGUAGUACGCCACAAAUAUAGCUCGUCCGAAUGCUCAGUACGCAUUGUGUAGUACGGAAAACGUUUCCCAAUGCGUACUACCGCCACAGUAUACAAUGGUAGGUCACUACGCUAUCCCACAAUGCAACCGGAGUCUGGUAACGAACAAAGAAGUGAUCGCUGACCCGACUCUACCAACAGCGGCUUAGAAAGACGUCGUAGAAAGCGGCGCAGAAAAGAGACAUUAAAAAAAGUAAAGUAAGUAAUUAAGUAAAAAGAGACAUUUUUAAUUUAAUAGCAACAAUGACAAGACGGACAACUGGUAACUUAUCAAGGUAAUUUUCCCGGCAUCUGAGGGGAGAUACGUCAUCUCCAAACAUCCGGUGGAGUUUCGGCGGUUUUCUGAAGCGUUCGGAGGCGUUCUACGCAUAGCUGUAGACCGUACUACACUGUCAAGUGUAGUACGGUCAAGUAGUAGACACUGAACAGAAAUAGUAUGUACUAAGUAUUCAGAUUCAGCCCAGGUCUUACUGAAGGCAUUUAAUGGUCAAAAUAUUAUUAAUAAAUAUUCGAAUAUAUUCGAAUAUUAAUAAACAAACAAACUUCGAACAUGAUUUUUGGGCAAAAGUCAAAAAGGCAAGGCAAGGCAAGGCAACUUUAUUUAUAUAGCACUUUUCAUACACAAGGCAGACUCAAAGUGCUUCACAUAUAAACAUUGUCAUACAAUAAAAUAAAAUAAUAGAUAAGUAAAAGAAAAAUAUAUGCAAAGAAAUGGGUAAAAUAGAAAAAGGCAUUUUAGUAUUAAAAUAGAAAAUAAAGGCAAAGUUAAAAAAGCUUUUUAGAAAGUGCAAUGUAUUUAAGAUUUAGCAGAAAGCUAUAGCAAACAUAAAUGUCUUCAGUCUUGUUUUAAAGGUGCUCAGAAUUGGGACAAGUCUUAAAUCCUCUGGGAGUUUAUUCCAGCUAGUUGUUGCAUAGUAACUAAAUCCUGCUUUCCCAUGUUUUGUGUUUACUCUGGGGAUAAUUAACAGAUUGGUCUCAGAGGAUCUUAGUGGUCUAGAAGGCUGAGGUAGUGGAAGCAUAUCAGUUAAAUAUUUUGGGCCUAAACCAUGUAGGGAUUUAUAGGUUAGCAACAUGAUUUUAAAAUCAAUUCUCUGACCUACAGGAAGCCAAUGUAACGAUUUCAGAAUUGGUGUAAUAUGAUCACAUUUUUUGGUCUUUGUUAGAACUCUAGCAGCAGCAUUCUGAACAAGCUGAAGCUUCCUCAGAGUUUGUUUUGGGAGACCUGUAAGGAGACCAUUGCAGUAAUCAAGCUUACUAGUGAUAAAGGCAUGUACAAGUUUUUGUAAGUCUUCGGUGGACAUGAGCCCUCUAAGUCUUGCUACAUAUUUAAGGUGAUAAUAUGCCGAUUUUGUAACUGAUUUGAUGUGACUGUCAAAAUGUAAAUCUGAAUCCAUGAUAACCCCUAGAUUUCUGGCUUUGAUUGAGGUUUUCAGGGACAGAGAGUGAAGGUGUUGGGUUACUUUAAGCCUUUCCGUUUUAGAACCAAAUACAAUUAUCUCUGUUUUGUCCUCAUUUAGUUGAAGGAAAUUUCGGCACAUCCAUUCCUUCACUUGCUCAAUGCACUGGUACAGCAGAUCUAUGGGCCGAUAGUCAUUUGGUGAUAGCGAUACAUAGAUUUGCGUGUCAUCAGCAUAGCAAUGAUGGUCAAUAUUGUUAUUUUGCAUGAUUUGCCCUAGUGGGAGCAUGUAGAUGUUGAAUAAAGAGGGUCCUAAGAUCGAACCUUGUGGGACUCCACAUGUCACGUUGGUUGAUUCUGAUACAAAGUCGCCAAUGGAAACAAAGUAGUUCCUAUUUUGUAGGCAGGACCUGAACCAAUUUAAGACAGUGCCUGAAAGCCCCACCCAGUUUUCGAACCUUUCCAGAAGUAAUGUAUGGUCUACAGUGUCGAAUGCAGCACUGAGGUCAAGUAGCAUUAGUAUUGAGGUUUUGCCAGAGUCUGUGUUAAGACGGAUGUCGUUUACAACUUUAAUAAGGGCGGUCUCAGUGCUGUGCAGGGGUCGAAAUCCUGAUUGGAAGGUGUCAUAGCAACCAGUUGAUGCCAGGAAGUGAUUUAGUUGCUGGAGGACAACUUUCUCAAUGAUUUUACUUAUGAAGGGUAGAUUUGAUAUUGGUCUGUAGUUGUUAAUAAUAGAGGCAUCUAGGCUCCUCUUUUUUAAAAGGGGUUUAAUAACUGCCGUUUUCAAAGCUUUUGGGAAAUUGCCUGACUGGAGAGAGUUGUUAACUAUCUGCAAUAUGUCUACUGCUAGGCAGUCGAAACCAUUCUUAAAGAGGUUGGUAGGUAUAGUAUCAAGGCAAUAGGUGGAUGGCUUUAGUUGUGUCACAGUUUCCACAAGAUUUUGAGAGUCUAUAACAUUAAAGCAUGCCAUCCUUGCCACGUAAUUUUUGCCUGAACAGGGUGAGAUAUUGAUGGCGCGUCUGAUACCUUCAAUUUUAUCAAUAUAAAAAGCUGCAAACUCAUUGCAUUUCUGCGUGGAAUGGAGAUCAGGUGGAAUUUCUGUUGGGGGGUUGGUCAGUCUGUCAACAGUUGCAAAUAGGGUUUUUGCAUUAUUAGUGUUGGUUUUAAUGAUAUUGGAGAAAAAUGUUUCUCUAGCAUUUUUUAAGUCUAAAUUGUAGGCACGGAGGCUCUCUUUAUAGAUAUCAUGGUGAAUAUGAAGUUUAGUUUUACGCCAGAUGCGUUCAACCUUCCUGCAUUCCUUUUUCUGUGCUGUUACAGAAGCAGCUUUUCUCCAGGGUGCCUUUUGCUUUCCAGAAAUCGUUUUAACCUUAUAAGGUGCAAUGACAUCUAUGACUUUCAAAAUGUUCAAAUUAAAGUUUUCUACAAGAUCAUCAGCAGAACAUGGGUUUAGAGGUGGUAGCAAGGAGAUGGCCUUCUUAAAAAGUACAUUAGAAUCUUCAUUGAUAUACCGUUUUUUGACAGUGUUUGAUUUUGUCUGUAUGUCGGGAAUAAAAGAUAUGUUAAAGAAAACACAAAAGUGGUCAGACAAGGAAAGAUCAGUCACAGAGAGAUCAGAAACAUUGAGGCCCUUUGUGAUAACCAGGUCUAGAGUGUGCCCCUUGAGUAGCCUCUUUCACAUGUUGAGACAGUUCAAAUGUGUCCAGAAUGGCAAAAAGUUGUUUUGCACACUUGUCAUUCAAAUCAUCAGUAUGAAAAUUGAAGUCACCAGUUAUAACUAGACAGUCAAAUUCUGUGGAGUUGCUAGACAAUAAUUCUGUGAAGUCAUCGAAAAAAUUUGCAGAAUAUGUGGGUGGCCUGUAAAUAAUUAAUAGGAGAACUCUGGGGGAGCAUUUCAAUACAGCAGUAAGUUAUUCGAACGAUGGAAAAUCACCAAAUAACAUCUGUUUCCCCUGAAAUACAUUUUUAAAUAUAGCAGCAACCCCUCCACCUCUUUUUCCAGAUCUACAUGCAUCAAAAAAAUUAUAGUUGGGAGGAGCUGUCUCUAUCAGAACGGUUGCACUGUUAAUUUGUUCCAGCCAUGUUUCAGUUAAAAACAUAAAAUCCAGUUUAGAAAUGGUAAUAAAAUCAUUAACUAAAAAUGAUUUGUUAUUAAGAGACCUCACAUUAAGUAGAGCCAUCCUGAUGGUGUUGUUGAUAGGCUUUAAGGUUGGUUUUGGUUUGGAGGCAAUAGAUAUGAGAUUUGUGAGGUUAGCAGUGUGUCUAAGUUUCCCUUUGUUUACUCUCUUAGUGGUUACAGCAUGAAUGCGAAAGUUGCCCUGCUUUGACGUAGGCAACCUUGGGUUCAGCAGAUUAUGUGAAACUUCCUUUAUACUGUGUCUAUGGCUGAACCCUUUUUUGUCUCAGUAAUACUCAGGACUACAAUCAGUAUAGGGGGGGGGGCGCCAUCCUCUUGGGAGUUAUCAGCCUGUCGCCAGGACAUGGCGAUGCUAUCAAUGACGCAGAUAUUCCAACAUAUUCCAGUCUCUUAUAUUCGGCUGGAAAAUCGCAAAGGGAGGAGACAUUGGGGCUGGAGAGAUAGCUGUGGGAGAGAUGAGGCUGGAGGUCAUCGUCGGCAGAGGAAGAGGAAGGGGGUGGUCGUUCCCCGCCAAGCCGACCAAGCCGGCCACCCCCCUCAGCACAGUGUUGAUGGCGUCGGGCGGGCUGUUGUCUCUCUUCAAGGUCAAAAACAUAAAUAAAACAUAAGAUCUCCCCCCACCGGUGGGUCUUUCUUUUCUUGAUACUAACAUCAAUUCUAAACAGCGUUUUACACAGUAGCCUAUAAUAGGAAAUGCUCAAAGGUAAAUCAGCGUAAUUUAACACUGACUGUAGCUUUUUAUGGGUAAAGAAGCGACGGUGAAGUACUAAACGCCCUAUCAUUGUAUGGGUCUGUAAAAUGCUAAUGAAAUCAAAACAAAUGUGUUUAUUAAGCACCUUUUAAUAAAAAGGUCAUUGGUAGGGGGGAGAUCUUAUGUUUAAUUUAUGUUUUUGUUUUAUGUUUUAUGCCUGUCUACGCUUCAAACUUUGCAAAAAAUAGGCAACAGCGCCCCCUGGGGUCACACUUUUCGGUGGGUCGCAGAAUUCGGAGUAACACCGGGAUUAACCCCUCGAGGCGGGAGUGAGACAACACUAAAGAGCGCUGGACACUAAAGGAGCGCUGGGCCGGGGCUCAGGGAGCCAGAACUCUUUUCUUUUUCUGUUGGCUAAAGCUAACCUUUCUUUGAAUAAAAUUAACAUUGCGGAUUAAACGGAAGGCUGACUUGUGUUCAAUGGAGGAAGACGAGAGACACUGUGUUCAAUGGAGGAAGACGAGAGGCACUUUAUUUAUACAAAACCUUAUGACAGAAUUGUGAUAUUUUCCUCCAACAUGUCAUGUUAGUGACAAUGAUGUAGUAACUAUAGCGACGCCAACCAUCACAAAAAGAGAAGAGGUCUUGCGUGAGCGCUGGGUGUAGUGCGGAUAAGGUCGAGGAUGUAGCAUGCCUCUACGGUGCGCUCAUCCUCCCUUUGUUUGUAUAUUUGCAGUGGCCCAGCCUUUGCUGAGAGCAGUGUGUGUUAACAUUCUUGUUAACAAAAUAUUUGAGAACAUCAAUUUCCAGAUGUGCCAGACCGUGGCCGUUUCAAGGAGCUGGUCAGAACUCGGGGAAAGGCAACUCUUUUGCUUUACUCAACCUGAGAAUAAUCUCAGAAAAGUUAAGGCAACUCAUGCAGGGUACCUGGUACACAUUUAUCACUUGCAAAAGCCCAUGUGGAUCCAUGUGGAAAACAUGGGGAAACUCACCUGGUCUUCCUCCAGGACGCUGACCCCCGUAUGACCCCAGAUGACCCCGCCCAUGACUGUAGGUCCAGCGUUUUUCUAGAUAACAGGAAGGUAAACUCAAUAAUUUCAUAACCAAAACUAUUGUAUCCCAAGGCGCAUCGUUUUCCUUCCUUGAGUCUAUUUAAUCAAUUUAGUCUAAAUAAUCCUUUAGCUGCCUAAUUCAAUAGAACAACCAAACAUACCUUGACCUGUCUAGACUGAAGCAAUAGACAAUGUCUAAUAGCCCAUUCUCUUAAUUACAUACUUCAAUGUGUGUUAAAGGGGCUGUAGGCAAUAUUUGUAUGUGAAAAUAAAUGUUAAUUGGUGAUAGAUAAUCUAUAUUGCGGCAGCCAUCCCUGACACAGGCUGUUUGGUCACAUGGUCCUCCUUUCCCACCUCUCUGCAGUCAGCAAAACAAAUGAACUCCGCGGCGAGGCAGUCAUCCCUGUGCCUCACAGUCAUGCAGCAGGAUUUCAAUGUUGAGUGACAGUGGCGGAACAGGCUAUGCUCCUAAUCCAGCGGACCCAGGAAGGAUUUACACAUCCAAACACACCAACCGCAAGAAGACAAGAAAGAAAAAGGAUGGCUGCCAGGAUAGAGAGACAGGAGUCAUGCUAACCCCAUUUAUGGUAUCAAAUUCACCGCUUGUUACAUGAACACUACUUAUUAUAUUAAAAUGGGGUAAUCUAAUGUUACUGUUAUUUACAUUGCCAUCAAGUUAAUUAAUGUACUAUAAUGAACAGACUAAGUUGGCAUACUGUUAGACAAUGAAUGACUCUGUACAUAAUGUUGCAUUUAUACCAACCGACUUCCAUUCAGUAUAUAAUAGUAUAUAUACGUGAUACACUUCCUAUACUUACUGUACAGUAAGUGUACUGUAAGUACGGUCAAUCCGUAAUCCCUUUUCCCUUUCAUGUGGAGGCUUGGCCACUGUGUGUGAUGUCACUACCAACGGAGUGACAUCACACAGACGACACGGUUUGGAUCUGCAAGCCAUUGGAGUGAUGUUCAUAAACACACCUGCUACCACCUCUUAUCACAAUAGGAUCCCAAAGAGACUGAGACGUCUCCAGGAGGACCCCUUUAGAUUCCCCCCUCGAUGGAUUGAAGUUGGUCCUUGAGAUUUGAAUCAGCAAUUUUGGAGGUGCUCCAGGGAAGCACGCACCUGAGUUCUGCCUAAAUCCAACGGAUCCCAACCUGCUGCUUGGAGCAGUGCCAUAUCCUCAGAUAACAAGACAAGAGACGGUUACUGGAAGUGUUUCACACCCAGCCAGUGAAUGUUGACUAGACCAGGGGGGGAACUACACAUCCUACAUUCAUCAAACAAGAACACACAUCAUAAAGUGCUCAGGGACUCUGUACGGUUCAGCAGCGUGGUGUGAAGCUCUGGAGGAACACACAGGACACACAGUACAGUGCGUUGAGGGUGAAACCCAGUUUCACCCUGAAACUAAAAACAGAAGCGAUACCUUAGCAAUACUACUGUUGACACUGUUGACUUAUUCUUGGAUUAGUUUUGAAUAGUUUCAAAAUUAUUUCUUAGUCAUGCAUUUGGCAGAAAAUGUAUAUUAAUAUUAACCGAAUCGUUUUUUAGUUUUACAACAAUGUUUCAUUGUGGAUUAUUUUCUUACCGACUCAAGGCCAGACCGUUGUUGGAGCUGAGUUUGUGGUUCCUGUUGUUUCCUCACCAACACCCUUCCUCUGAGAACAGUCAUAACACACUCUUACACACACGUGGUUACAAAAGACAUGCUUUUAUUCAUGAACACACACAAAAGCACAUUUCAGGCCCUUUCUGAAAGCUAACUUUAAGGUCACUUUAACUCUUCAUCAUCAGCGCGGGGCCAGGUGCGAUGAACACACAAACUUAUCACACCAUGAGCCAGAUUAGGCGAAUGGUUUUGCUUUAUACACACAGCUUGACAAGCUAUAGCAUGGCAAGGUGUAGAUUUACAGUCGUACACAUAUAUACAAAGGAUAACUUACAUGAACAUUGAGUACAUUAAGCAGUGUUAGGACCAGGGGACAAGCUUAAGUACAAAUAUUAGCCUUCAGUUACAGCAGUAAUACACAUAAAUCAGAGUUCGAUCUAUGCAUGGCCUGACUGCCAGACAACUUGUGUUUGUGUAUGACACAAUUUAGAGCAGUAUCAAAUCUGUGGUAGUACAUUUGAAGCUUUUAUUCCAAAUGGUUUUUGAGGGACAUCCAUUAGUUAUGUCCCAAGGCACUGAUUUAUUUACGCAAAGUAUCUCCUUAAGCACAUAUAUUAUCAUGAACUAGAUUGUAAACAGCACAUACUCGACCAUGAUAAAUGCUUUAAGGCCAGAAAAGACAGGGAAAAGAGUUUGAGAUACAGAAAUGCAAAAAAUGUAUGGUUGUAGUUUGUAAGUUCUCCAGUCUCAAGACUCUUCCAUCCUCGAGGUUUUGCGGUAAAGGACGGCGGUCUUCCAACCGGCCAGAGACAGUCUGGCUUGUUGGUUCAGAUUAUGUAAAUGCAUCAGAAAAUCAUCAUUUGCCACUAAGUACAUGAGAGGGUUCAGGGCGCUGUUGAGGCAGGCCAGACCCCGGCCCACCUGGUGGGCGAUGUAGAUGCUCCUGAAGUUGGCGUGACAGACCCCUUGAAGCUUUGAUCUCCUGCUCUGCAGAAUCAGAAUCAGAAUGACUUUUAUUACAUCUUAUUGUACACACAAGUACAAUUCUGAGGCUUGGUUCCUCAACAGCCACAUAGCAGCAACAAUACAAGAUAAAGUCAAUAUAAAAAUAUGUAAAAUUAAGUAGCAGCAUAGAUCACAAUAAUAAAUAAUAAUAAUAAAAUAAAAUAAAGCAAGUAAUAACAAGAGAAAUUAAAACAGUGGUAAUAAGUUAUGAGCAAUAAUAAGUAAUGAGGUGCAGACCUGCAGGUUGAGAUAACGGAACACGUGGUAAGGGAUGAAGCAGAUGGCGAACAGAAUGGUCAGGAUGAUCACCAGCUUCAGACACCGUUGCUUCAGCAGUGCGUUCACGUUGGCGUUCGUGGCGAGGACAACCACCACGUGGCCGUAGCAGGCCAGGAUGAUGAGCAGCGGGACGGCGAACCCCGUGAUGCUCCAGCCUAGGCUGUACGACAGGUAUCCGUCGAUCCGGCUGUCCUCCGUGGUAUCGUAGCACGACUGGGAGGAAUUGCUCGGAGUUUUUUCAAAGGACAUAUCUGGGAGGAUUUGGAUGAGAACCAGAGUCCAAACCACGGCGCUGAUUACUACGGAGUGUCUGGUGCUGAUCUUCCCCAUGACCCUCAUGGGGUGGACGAUGCCCAGGUAUCUGUAGAUACUGAUACACGUGAGGAAGCCGAUGCUGCCGUACAGGUUGAGGUUGAAGCAGAAUCUGGUCACUUUACAGAAGGCGGCUCCAAAAGUCCAUUUGCUCUUUUGCGCGUAAUAGUGGAUCAAAAAGGGCAGCGUGAAAACAUACAACAAGUCCGCUAUUCCGAGGUUCAGCACAAACACGUUUAUGUUUCCCAUCUUCUUCCAGCCCUUGUACACGCCCCGGAGACCCCAGACAUUGAAAACCGUCCCGAAGAUGAAGACCAGGAUGAAUACCGUGGGUAAGAAGGCGUGCGUAAAAUUCAGAUUUAUCGCACCACACGAGAAAUUACUCGGGACUGGUUCAAUCUUCACCAUCUUUGAUCAAAUAGAGUGAGUCAAGACUCCCUCGUCUUUAGACUACAUACUCGCUCUAAGGUAGCUACGCAUCUGCUUACUUAAAAAAAAAUUGCUUUCAAUGUGAAACCAAAAGAGAAGACCACGCCCACUUCUUAACAAUGUCAUCAUUGUAUUGUAGACCUAUCUUGAUUUAUGUGGUUUUAAUAAAAAUGAUUUGCUAAAUAUAAAAAUAUUAUUGUGGAAUAAAUAUCGACAAAA